CCACAAUGCUCGCGCCCCAUAACUCUGCUGCUGCAGCCUGAGGAGAGCGAGACACACUCAGGCCCCGAAAAAAGAAAAAUAAUUUUAAAAAUUUGGAAAAAAUAAUAAAACAACAGAUCGAGGAGAGAAAGACCGGGAAAGGUGAUGUGGGGGCUCCCACGGACAGUGAAGAUGUACAGCAAAACCAUUCAUUCACCCCCAACUGCCGCUGUUGGAACCGGGUGAGAAAGGGGAAUCCACACACCAGUUCUCACAAGAAAUUUCACACCUGCAGACACACAGAAGAUACAGACAGAAGCCUUGGCUGAAUCCUAUCCAGCUCCUGGCUGUGACCCGUACCCCACUCACUACUAUACCCAGCCACCACCCAAGCAGAGCCUGGAAGGCAGGGGAGGCACAGCCAUUUUUUCAUGGCUCCGGCACCCUAGGGCUGCCAUGGCAGCUGCUGCCGCCGAUGCCCCACGCCAGAUUACCGCACUGAGCCCGGAGGAAGAGGAACGACGAGCCGCCGCCAAGCUGUUCGGAGGCACGCCGCGAUCAGGGAGAGAGAGUGAGCCAGAGAGGGACAGAGAGAGGGAGUGGGAGAGGGAGAGACACAGAGAGAGGGAAAGGGAGAGUGCGGGAAGAGCCACCGGGAUCGUGUGUCCAGUGUGCGGGGUUCUCUUCAGCUCGCAGGACAAGCUCCGCCUCCACGCCUACUGCCAUACGGGAGAGAAGCCCUUCCGCUGUUCCCAGCCGCACUGCAUUAAGGCCUUUGUCUCCAAGUACAAGCUUUUCAGGCAUAUGGCCACACACUCCCCACAGAAGACCCACCAGUGCUCAUUCUGUGAGAAGAUGUUCCACCGCAAGGAUCACCUGAAAAACCACCUGCAGACCCACGACCCCAACAAAGAGGCCUUCAAGUGCGAAGAGUGCGGCAAGAACUACAACACCAAGCUGGGCUACAAGCGCCACAUGGCCAUGCACGCGGCCACCAGCGGCGACCUCACCUGCAAGGUGUGUCUGCAGAGCUACGAGAGCACGCCCGUGCUGCUGGAGCACCUCAAGAGCCACUCGGGAAAGUCCUCGGGCGGGGCCAAGGAGAAAAAGCACCCCUGCGACCACUGCGACCGCCGCUUCUACACGCGCAAGGACGUGCGACGCCACAUGGUGGUGCACACCGGCCGCAAGGACUUCCUGUGCCAGUACUGCGCCCAGCGCUUCGGCCGCAAGGACCACCUGACCCGGCAUGUGAAGAAGAGCCACUCGCAGGAGCUGCUGAAGAUCAAGACGGAGCCGCCGGACAUGUUGGGCCUGCUGGGUACCGGCUCUCCGCCCUGCCCUGUAAAAGAGGAGCUCAGCCCCAUGAUGUGCAUGGGCCCCUCCAAGGACUCCCUGAUGGGCAAGCCCUUCCCCGGUGCUUUCCCCAUGGGCAUGUACAACCCCCACCUGCAGGCUAUGUCCAACUCAGGGGUGUCCCACCACUCUCUGGUGUCUGGGUCGCUGUCUGCUGCCAUGGGAAUGGGCUGCCACAUGGAAUCCCCCUCCCCUCUCCACCAUCCCCACCCUCACCAUCACCACCACCACUCCCCCCCUCCCCUCCAGCAGCCUCAACAGCAGCAGCACCCCCAGCCACCACCCAAGUACCAGCUUGGAUCUACCUCAUAUCUACUGGAGAAGCCCCUGAAGGUGGAGAUGGAGAGCUUCCUGAUGGAUCUGCAAAGUGGCCUGCCAGUGCCACCCCCAGUGGAGCCCCAUGGCAACUCCCCGCCUAAGGAGGGGCUGGAGCACACUCAGGCCCUGCAGGAUGAUCUUUGUGGGGAGCACCUCUUGUCCAAGAGCCCGGCCGUCAUUGCCGAGUCUCUGUGUGCUGCUAACAUGGACUUUUCCCACCUGCUGGGUUUCCUGCCUCUCAACCUGCCCCCCUACAACCCCCCCAUGAGUGCCAGUGGCCUGGUGAUGGGUUACUCCUCCUCCUCAUCCUCAUCUUCCUCCCACGCAGCCGAGCCCCACGCAGUGCCUCUUACCUCUUUGCAACCGCAACCUCAGGAGCCUCAGGGCUCCAGUGGGGGCCUCAGCCUGGGGCCCCUGCACUCGCUCCCUCCAGUGUUCAGCACCAGUCUCAGCACGACCACCUUGCCUCGCUUCCACCAGGCGUUUCAGUGAGGGCCGCUCCCCACUCUGCCCUGCCACCCAGGGUCCAGGGGUCAAGGGUCAGGGGUCAAAACACUUGAACACUUAGAAGCCUUAAUUAAAGCGCACAAAAGCUUUUGAUUGAGCCCGGAGGAAGCUAAAACCCUUUAUUAAAAAAAAAGAGACUAAGAAGCUUUUAUUUAGGCUUGCAUUCAAUACUUUAGCUGUUGUUUUUUUGUUAACCCCCCUUUCCCCAGCCCUACCCCUUUCUGUAGUUAGAGGCAGCAUCAAUGAGCCAGAAGGCAUGGUACUGCAGUCUAUAUAAAGUAAUAAUAUUGAUAAAAAAUUACAAAGAUUAAUUUAGAGAAGAUAAUCUGUGUUAUUAUUCAGAAAGACUAGCUUGAAGUGGAUUAUGAUAAUUUUGCUUUUCCAAAUGUGAGAUGUAACCAGCUACAUUGUCUCUCCUUUCUCCCUUGCCAGUAAGGUCUUGAAGUAAUUAUUCUUGAACGUAAACUGUCUUCACAGACAGGAGUGAAAAAUUAGUGGAGGAAUGAAGUAAUCACAUCAAGCCCAAAGGUCACACUUGAAAGGGAAGAGUCACCUCAGAGUAUCUCACAGAUGGAUAAGACUCAACCAUGCAUAAAAAGAGCAGUGCUUCUCUUUAUUAUUAGAAUCUAACAAUGUUUUUGUUUAAACCAAAUUAUAGAAACUAUUUUUAAAAAAGCAAACGCGUAUCUGUUGUUGUAAGACAAAUUUGAGGAAUGUUCAUAUAAUAGCAAGUAUUACUCUGAUGAGAUCUGAAAGAUUCACAAAGGAGCAAAAGAGUCCUUUUAAAUCCGACAUAUACAUAAAGAUGCCACAGUAGUAGUGUGAAGUGUCCAAGUCUCUGUUCUCUAAUCUGGUGUUUGGCUGACACAGAGAGAACGUUUUUUUGCCAUUUUUAUGAAGCUAUAUCAUUGCAAAACAUUGCAACACUGAACACAGUUUGGUCAGCGAAGUGAUUCAGCAUUGAAAAACACAUUUGCAGAAGUGCAAGUUGCAGAGAACGAAGGAGAGAUGGUAGAUUAUUUUAAAGAAAAGCUAUACAAAUGUCAGUUUCUCUGCUGUCAUCCUGUGUGAUACGACAGUCCAGGGAAAAUUACUUUUAGUGGGAGACAGAAUGAGGCUUUGUUAAGUGAAGCACUUUUACAGCAGAUGGCACUUCACCUGUUGGAGCUGGCUGAGCGACUCCAAAAACUUGUGGAAAUGUGGCUAGCCCUUCCCCUGUGGUUCUCCAGCCAAAACAAUCCAGCAACAAACAUGACCAAACCAAAUAAGCCACCAACCUUGUAAUAUGGCCAGCAGCCUUUUAAUAUGGAAACUAGUCCAGGAAACCGAAACAGGCCUAUAGCCCUAAUGAUCCCAUAAAGUGAUUUGGUUUUUAUCUUCUACACCAUCUUCCUUCUGGCACUAAUUUUUGAUGGGCCUUCACAAGACAGAGAGACAGCUUCUGCUCCAACCCGCUUUGUGUUAAAAAUCUUGAGAAGAAUCAAAUAUAUAUAUCUUAGGCAGUUUAUUUUUUCCUAGAAAUUCAUGGUAAUAAUAACCCUGACAUAUGUGAAUAGUAAACAAAAAUAACAAUGACAAUUAAAACUUGUAUAAGAAUAUUUUUGCAGUGUACAAAAUACAACAUCAAAAAUAUAUAUUAUAAUUGCUUUUAUUUCAGUAAAGUGUAAAGUAGGUAGAUAGAUUAUUAAAAACAAAUUGCUGAUGGUUUUUUUAUUGUCUGGCAGGUUUACAUUUGUGUGUAUCUUGCAUUUAAUUGAUCAAAACAUGGAUGAAGUAUUAGCUUUCUCUAUUAGCAUUAUUUUAUGUUUGUUUCCCUUUCAUGUAUGUGAGAAAAAAAUCAAGAACCUCAACUGUGGAUAGACAGAAGUAAAAUAUGGCAACAUACCAAAUUAGGAAGGGCUUAGUGUUUUACAUUUUACUCUGCCUCUAAAAGAGGGCAUAAUGGAAACACCCAUAUGUACAAAAAGCUGAUUAUGAAUUCUCUACUUUCUCACAACAUGGCGACCUCAGCAUUGUCAGAAUAUAUGUUUAGCCCUGUUAGCUUUGGAUAUAAUUUCACCUCGACUGGACAAGUUCUCAUGUGAAACAAAUUUAAAGUAAUUAUUCCCUCUUUCUUUGUUCUUUUUUUUUUUUUUAGCAAAAACCAACUUCACUAUGGAGAUGAAAAUCCAAAUGGAAGGAUUUUGACCGUUUUGAUGAGGGUCAGUUGAACCCUGUUAAUAUCCUCCACUGCUUUGCAGUCAGAACUGAAGCACCAUGAGAAGUGAGUUUUAACAGGGUUCCUUAAAAAAGAGAAGAAAAAACAAACCAUAGCAUGUCAUUGCUGACUCAUGUUGUGUGAAGAACAUUUAACGCAAAGGAACAUUUCAGUUUUCAUAUUUUGUUUUGAGUUAUAAACUGUAGUGCAUGGUGUCUUUUCAAACCAAACAAAACCGUUGCUAAGAGUAUGUGGACAGCUGUGCUUUCCUAGCUAGGCACAGUACUUGUGUACAGACCUCAAAUGCCCCACAAACACAAAGUGUUCAGUUAUCCUGAACCACAAAAUGUCUUCCACCAUCGCCAGUUCCAAACUGCUCUUCUGGCCACAGUAACUUGCUUCAGUUAGGGCAAUAACUUUUUGACACUACAAUACAAACCUUGGCUUUACCAUUCAAAGGCUUUUCCUGGUUGACAGUUUGAAUUGUCAAUGUUGGUUUAUUGCUUUCAAAAUAUUGUCUUUAGAAAAUGUAAAAAAGGAAGGAGAGGGAAAGUGCAAAAAGCUAUUUCCACAACAUGAGUCUGUUUGACUACAUUAUGUGUGUGAGCAACACAUCAGUGCAUCAUCACCUUCAAAAUGCUGAAGCUAAAAACAGUAGACAAUUUGCCGAACCACUUCCCCCUUUGUGCCGUGAAAUGCAUGUAAUCUAUGAAAGAAGAGAAAUAAUUCACAAUACAUUAACAGUUCAGCUGCUGCUUCAAGCUAUGGUUCUUAGUAACUGUAGACCACUAUAAACUAUUUCAAACUGCUAGGUCUAAAGCAGACUGUGCACAGCAAUACUCUUUUACACCUUCAUUUCCUCUUCUCUGUAAUGUGUAUGGCUGCUUCUUAGAUUGAAAACAGAAUAAAAAGGGUAUAGGCAUAGCAAAUGAUUACAAUAUCAAGAACAAAAUGCCAUCAGUGUGGUCUUUGACAUUCAAAGUAUGGGACACCCAGUUGGGAUAUUGCUUAUUAUUUUUGUUGUCAUAUGAAAUAUUUUUUUCUGUUAUUGAAACAGGACCUCGAAACAACACAACGCAUCACCUCAUUUUAUUUUUUCUUACCAAAAACCUGGGGAGAAGGAACUACAAUUUGCACAAUUGCUUAUUCAAAUAUUAUGAUAAACAUUUGAUAUUGAUACUGUACAUGUGAAAUUUGAGGUCACCAAGGGUAUUCUCCAGUGGUACAAAUCAUUGUCUUCCCUAUUCUCUUCAUAGUAUGUUACAGUUUGUGCUUGAAUCAGUCAGUUUAAAAUAAUUACAAAUGGUUUAUUUGUAAAUUAAAACCUGGGAAAUGAUUUUGACAGAGGGUUACAUUUAUAAAUCUUCUUUCAUCUGCUGUUUAGGGUCAUUUAGUCUCCUUUAAUAACUGAUCCAGCACCAGCUGACCCAAAUCUUUACUGCCAAUGAGUUUUGUAUCUGUUAAAUGCUGAAAUUUAAUGUAAUGAUGCUAUUGCUCUUCACAGGGCAUAUGCAUGUAUGCACAUCUGACAAAACAAUUUCCCUUAAUUUAAUCUUCAAAUAAUUCCCGAAACCAGAUUAUAUUAGAAUCGUAAGUACCAACACAAGUAACAUUUACAGUUUUCGCUUUUUCCAUCAAGAGACAAGGAAGCCCUGAUAGUGUGUUAACAUACCAAUUUUAUUAAAAUUAAUUAUGUGAAGGUCAUACCAUUUUAAUUAAAAUUAUUACAUUGAUUUGAACCUGGAAAUUUUAUGUGAAGUUAUCUUGAGCAUAUUCAUUUUUUAAGAAAAAAGAAGAAAGCUCUUGUCAUCUCUUCAGUUUUUUCUCUCCAGGUUUCUGUGAGCUUAUCUGAAUUCUAGCACUUUCAAACCUUUAAAAAGAGUAUUUUUCCUUUUUAAAUUCAGCCUUGUUUUGUUUGUAUGUUUUUAAUUUUGUACUUGAUAAUGUACAUGUAAGUGCCAUUAGUCUGAUGUGUAGAUUUUAUUAAUCUUUGUGUAUGUAUGUUUCUUUUUUUUUUUUUUAAGAAUAACAGUAUUUUUGAUAGACUCACUAAUAUCUUCCAUGCCCCUUCCUGGAGAAGAAGGCUGCUUUUCUCAAUUUACCAUUCAGUGAAUUUUAAGAAAAGCAGAAAAAAAAGAACUACAACAGCGUUGUUACAGCUCCUCAAACUCUAGGGUGUGUUGCCGAAACUACUCCCCACCUCAAAUCAAAUAUAAGUCAUGUCUUUAGAACUCAUGCAGUCUAAAGCAUUGGGAACAGAAGGCCAAAAUUCCAGAACCGUUUCUGUAAAAAUAGAAAAAAGAAAAAAAAACUUGAUUGUGGUCAAAUCCAACUUUAUUUGAAUUUUAAUCUUUAAAAAAAAAACCCUAUUUUGGUUACAGGUUGAGCUGAAAUAUAACACUGACUGCAUAUAUAUAUAUAUAUAUAUAUAUAUAUAUAUAUAUAUAUAUAUAUGGUUUUUAUUUUGAAAGCACUUUUAAUUUGUCUUGAUGUGUCAGGUAAGGGCUGAGUGGCACAUAAUGCUGAAUACAGUUAGGGUCUUCUGUGCUGAGCUAACUUUGCACACUGAGAUAUGCCCUGACCAGUCAAUGGAACUAAACGACCAAGGACCUCUCUUGGUCAUGUCUCCAACAUCUGGUCAAAGAGUUAAACUGUUAUUUAAGUGAAAUAACUUCUUAAACAGCAGCUGUGACAUCCUCCAGCUUCAGCCUGCAAGUGCAGAUGCGCUUCAGAAUAAGACUGAGUGGGACAGUUUGAAUAAUUUGGGCCUGAGUGUGAUUUAACGUGGAUGGCAUUGAAUCUCACAUUUUGCUCUCCUUCAUGGGGAUGGGUGGGGCAUGUCCUCAAAAUGUGCAACUCCGAGGGAUCGGGGCCCACAAACAGGCAGAGCAUCUCAUUUUUCAGUGGUGCUGAUGGGAGGUGAAGUCCAGACAUGGUUUAAAUACACAGAGAGACCUGUGGACGUCGCCUUCCAGCAGUGUCGCAGUGAAAUUGUGAUGUUCUGUUUAUCAAGCUCAUUCCUGCUCUUGGCCAUCUGUGGUUUGACUGAGCUGUAACUAACUGUAGCUACACCUUGUUGUCAUGGUUCUGCCUGAUUUUUACCUCCUUUGUACCUACUAGUGCUGCACUUAUCCUCAAAUUGUACUACACUAGUACAUUUUUCUGUACUAGUAGGUACAAGACACAAAGUUAAGGGAAUAAAAACAUGCAUCCAGGAAGAUAUAAAUCUGAUGAAAUACAUUUCUUUGCUUUAUGAUGAGAAACUGGGUACUGUCUAGUAUAGACAAAAUCCACAUGUAGUUUCAUAUAUUUUAGCUUAAUGUAAGUCUUGCAUUCCAAGCUCUUUAUGUAUCUUGUUUAGACAUAGUCAUUUUAUUUUUAGUAUUCUCUUGUUACCGGCACCUGCAAAAAAGGUGAAAGAAACAUAAAAGGAAUAUUUGCAUUCAUCCUACACUAUUUUAUAUAGCAUGGAGUUUGACUACAGGGAGAAUUGUACAAAAAAAAAUGCUUCAGUGACAAAUUGUCUGCCUUUCUUGUGACACAUUUCACAUGCAAUCAGUUGCUGCAAUGUAAAAUGACAGAUGUGUAUAUUGGUUGAUCCAAAGAAAAGACAUUACAACAAACCUAUUUACUUAUUGUACAGUACAAUGUACUUUUGACUUGUAAUGUGUCAUGUUAAAUGAUUAAAAGACAAACCCACGGUUUCAUA